GCCUCCCCAAAUCUGAGGCGCAGGUCUCUCCCCGCCGAGGCCUCCUUCUUGUCUGCCAUGCAGCUCAUUCCAGCCAAGCUCCCACCUCUAAGUUCCUCCUGGCCAGUCAGGCACUGGUCUUUGUCCUGCCACCCCCUGCUCAUUCUGACUUCACCCCUGCCUUCCACUGUCCCAGUCCAAGGCAGUGACUUGGACAGUGUGCUGCUGCCCAUUCCAUUCCAUCUGUAGAGGGUUCGGGCCAGGGCCUGUGAGACCGUGAGUGCUCAGAAGGGCUUUCCGGGGGCGUGACCAGUGGAAACUUCCAGAGGAGGCAAGAAUGGGCAAUGGGUGAGGAAGGAAAGGAAGAUGUCUGCUUCAGAGCCUCAGGAGAGAUGGAUGAAUUCUCUCUGCUCGUUUGUCAGCUUCCAGUGGCCCCUCAGAGUCUUAAAAACGCAGUUCCCCUCAGCAAAUCUCACGGUCUCUUCUGCACCUUCCAGGACAUCCCGGAGGGUCUGCUCCAUCUCUCCGAGGAUGGGUCUCCAGGGCACUUUCGGCUUCCCCUUGGGGCUCCUGCUGGGCUCUGUGCUCCUGGUGACUUCGGCCCCAGCCACUCCGGAGCCUCCUGGCUGCAGCAACAAGGACCAACAGGUGACUGUCAGCCACACCUACAAGAUUGAGGUGCCCAAGUCUACCCUGGUGCAGGUGGAGGCCGAUCCGCAGUCCCUCAGUGAUGAUGGGACUUCACUCUUGGCCAUGGCGGAGGAGGGAGAGGAGCAGAAUCUCAUCUUCAGGCACAACAUUCGCCUCCAGACACCGCAGAAGGGCUGCGACUUGUCAGAUAGUGUCCAGGACCUCCUGGCCCGGGUGAAGAAACUAGAGGAAGAGAUGGCAGAGCUGAAGGAGCAGUGUAAUGUCCAGCGCUGCUGCCAAGGCGCUGCUGAUCUGAGCCGCCACUGCAGCGGCCACGGCACCUUCUCCCCUGACACCUGCAGCUGCCACUGCGAGCAGGGCUGGGAGGGCGCGGACUGCGAGCUGCCCAGCUGCCCCGGGGCGUGCAGCGGCCACGGGCGCUGCGUGGAUGGGCGCUGCGUGUGCGACGCGCCCUACGUGGGCCCCGACUGCGCCUACCCCGCCUGUCCGCAGGACUGCAGCGGCCACGGCGUGUGCGUGCGCGGCGUCUGCCAGUGCCAGGAAGACUUCACGUCGGAGGACUGCAGCGAGCAGCGCUGUCCCGGCGACUGCAGCGGCCACGGCUUCUGCGACACGGGCGAGUGUUACUGCGAGUUGGGCUUCACGGGUCCCGACUGCUCCCAGGUCAUCCCCCCUCAGGGCCUGCAGCUGCUGAAGAGCACCGAGAAUUCCCUGCUGGUGGGCUGGGAGCCCUCCAGCGACGUGGACCACUACCUCCUCAGCUACUAUCCCAUGGGCAAGGAGCGCUCUUCCAAGCAGAUCCAGGUGCCCAAGGAGCAGCACACCUAUGAGAUUCCUGGAUUGCUGCCUGGAACCAAGUACGUAGUCACCCUGCGCAAUGUGAAGAAAGACAUUCACAGCAGCCCGCAGCACCUGGUUGCCACCACAGAUCUUGCUGUGGUUGGCACUGCCUGGGUGACAGAAGAGACUGAGAACUCCCUCGAUGUGGAGUGGGAGAAUCCCCCAACUGAGGUAGACUACUACAAGCUGCGGUAUGGCCCAUUGACAGGGCACGAGGUGGCUGAGGUCACUGUACCUAGGAGCCGUGAACCCAAGAGCCGAUAUGACAUCACUGGUCUGCAGCCUGGGACGGACUAUAAGAUCACAGUUGUCCCCAUAAGAGGAGACUUGGAAGGCAAGCCCAUUCUCCUGAAUGGCAGGACAGAAAUUGAUGGUCCAACCAAUGUGGUCACUAAUCAAGUGACAGAAGACACAGCAGUAGUCUCCUGGAACCCAGUGAAGGCUGACAUAGACAAAUAUGUGGUGCGCUACAUCUCCCCUGAUGGAGAGACUAAAGAGAGAGCAGUACCCAGGGACCAGAGCAGCACCACCCUGACUGGCCUGAAGCCAGGAGAGACGUAUAAAGUCUAUGUGUGGGCUGAGAGGGGCAACCAAGGAAGCAAGAAAGCCGACACCAAGGCCCUCACAGAAAUUGAUAGCCCAGCAAACCUGGUAACUGAUCGGGUAACAGAAAAUACACUCACUGUCUCCUGGGACCCAGUGGAGGCUGAAAUUGACAGGUAUGUGGUAAGCUACACCUCUGCUGAUGGAGAGACCAGGGAGAUUCCAGUGGCUAAGGAGCAGACCAGCACUGACCUCAUCGGCCUGAGCCCAGGUGUGGAGUACAAAGUCUACGUGUGGGCCCAGAAGGGGGACAGGGAGAGCAAGAAGGCCAACACCCAGGCCCCUACAGACAUUGACAGUCCUAAAAAUCUGGUGACUGACAAGGUGACAGAAAAUAUGGUCACUGUCUCCUGGGACCCUGUGCAGGCCCCCAUCGAUAGGUAUGUGGUGAGCUAUACCUCUGCUGAUGGAGUGACCAAGGAGAUUCCAGUAGGGAAGGAUCAGAGGAGCACUGUUCUGACAGGUCUGAAGCCAGGGAUGGAGUAUAAAUUUCAUGUGUGGGCCCAGAAGGGGACCCAGGAAAGCAGGAAGGCUGACACCAAGGCCCCUACAGACAUUGACAGCCCCAAAAACCUGGUGACUGACCAGGUGACAGAAAAUACUGCCACUGUCUCUUGGGACCCAGUAGAGGCCGACAUUGACAGGUAUAUGGUGCGCUACACCUCUGCUGAUGGAGAGACCAAGGAGGUUCCAGUGAGGAAGGACCAGAGGAGCACCAUCCUGAGAGGCCUGAGGCCAGGUGUGGAGUACAAGGUGGACGUGUGGGCCCAGAAGGGGGCCCGGGAGAGCAGGAAGGCCAACACCAAGGCCCCCACAGACAUUGACAGCCCCAAAAACCUGGUGACUGACCAGGUGACAGAGAACACUGCCACUGUCUCCUGGGACCCAGUAGAGGCCGACAUUGACAGGUAUGUGGUGCGCUACACCUCUGCCGACGGAGAGACCAGGGAAUUUCUGGUGGGGAAGGACCAGAGCAGCACCGUCCUGACAGGCCUGAGGCCAGGUGUGGAGUACGAGGUGGACGUGUGGGCCCAGAAGGGGGCCCGGGAGAGCAGGAAGGCCAACUCCAAGGCCCCCACAGAUAUUGACAGCCCCCAAAACCUGGUGACAGACCAAGUAACAGAGAACACUGCCACUGUCUCCUGGGACCCAGUGGAGGCUGAGAUUGAUAGGUAUGUGGUGCGCUACACCUCUGCUGAUGGAGAGACCAGGGAGAUUCCUGUGAGGAAAGAGCAGAGGAGCACCGUCCUGACAGGCCUGAGGCCAGGUGUGGAGUACAAGGUGGACGUGUGGGCCCGGAAGGGGACCCAGGAGAGCAGGAAGGCCAACACCAAGGCCCCCACAGACAUUGACAGCCCCAAAAACCUGGUGACUGACCAGGUGACAGAGAACACUGCCACUGUGUCCUGGGACCCAGUGAAGGCCGACAUUGACAGGUAUGUGGUGCGCUACACCUCUGCUGACGGAGAGACCAAGGAGUUUCUGUUGGGGAAGGACCAGAGCAGCACCGUCCUGACAGGCCUGAGGCCAGGUGUGGAGUACAAGGUGGACGUGUGGGCCCAGAAGGGGGCCCGGGAGAGCAGGAAGGCCAACACCAAGGCCCCCACAGACAUUGACAGCCCCAAAAACCUGGUAACCAACCAGGUGACAGAGAACACAGCCACUGUCUCCUGGGACCCGGUGCAGGCUGACAUUGACAGGUAUGUGGUGCGCUACACCUCUGCCGAUGGAGAAACCAGGGAGAUUCCUGUGAGGAAGGGGAAGACCAGCACCGUCCUGACUGGCCUGAGGCCCGGGGUUGACUACACCAUCCAUGUGUGGGCCCAGAAGGGCACCCGGGAGAGCAAGAAGGCCAACACCAAGGCCCCCACAGAAAUUGACAGCCCCAAAAACCUGGUGACCAACCGGGUGACAGAAACUACAGCCACCAUCUCCUGGGACCCAGUGAGAGCCGCCAUUGACAGGUACAUGGUGCGCUACACAUCUGCGGAUGGAGAGACAAAGGAGAUUCCAGUGUCAAAGGAGCAAAGCAGCACCAUCCUGACAGGCCUGAAGCCUGGUGUGGCAUACACAGUUCAAGUGUGGGCCGUGAAAGGGGCUCGCGAGAGCAAGAAGGUCAGCACCAAGGCCCUGACAGAAAUAGAUCCUCCCAAAAACUUUCGUCCAUUCGGUGUGACACAUUCUGGUGGGGCAUUGACCUGGAUGCCCCCCUCUGCUCAGAUUGAUGGGUACAUUCUGACCUACCAGUUCCCCAAUGGCACCGUAAAGGAGGUGCGGCUUGGAAGAGGCGAGCAGAGGUUCGAGUUGCAAGGCCUUGAGCAGGGCAUCACCUACCCUGCCUCCUUGGUUGCUUUUAAGGGUGAUCACAGGAGCAGGAGUGUAUCCACCUCCCUCUCCACAGUUGAUGCUCGUUUUCCACACCCCUCGGACUGCAGUCAGAUUCAGCAGAACAGCGAUGCCGCCAGUGGCCUCUACACCAUCUACCUGAAUGGUGAUGUCAACCGGCCCCUGAAGGUUUACUGUGACAUGGACACAGACGGAGGCGGCUGGAUUGUCUUCCAGAGACGGAACACUGGGCAGUUGGAUUUCUUCAAGCGCUGGCGGAGCUAUGUGGAAGGCUUCGGGGACCCUAUGCAGGAGUUCUGGCUUGGACUUGAUAAGCUACACAAUCUUACUAGUGGCACCCCUACCCGGUAUGAAGUCAGAGUGGAUUUACAGACCUCCAAUGAAUCUGCCUACGCCGUAUAUGAUUUAUUCCAAGUGGCCUCCCCCAAGGAGCGGUAUAAGCUGACAGUUGGGAAAUACAGAGGCACAGCAGGGGAUGCUCUUACAUACCACAAUGGAUGGAAGUUUACAACUUUUGACAGAGACAAUGAUAUCGCCCUCAGCAACUGUGCUCUGACGCAUCAUGGCGGCUGGUGGUAUAAGAACUGCCACUUGGCCAACCCUAAUGGCAAAUACGGGGAGACUAAGCAUAGUGAGGGGGUGAACUGGAAGCCGUGGAAAGGACAUGAAUUCUCCAUCCCUUACGUGGAGUUGAAAAUUCGCCCAAAUGGCUACAGCAGAGAGCGUUUCCAUGGCAGAAAGAAGCGGACUUUGGGAGGAAAGACGAGAAUGUUCUGAUGGCCCGUCCGGCGGUGUUCGCAGGAGACAAAACCAGCUGGGGUCGGGGCUGAGAGUUUGGGGCCGGUGGGUGGCUGUGGCUGGGAAGUGGAAAGUUGGAGGAUGCUCCCGGCCUCUGGUUUCUGAGAUUGCUGGAAAACCCACAGAACAAAUGAAGGCAGCAUGCUUGGAAUCCUAGAGGUUCCUUCCCAGUCACCUGCAGUUUUGCCCAUCUACGCUAGGGGACCUGAUCAUCAGCACUAUCCUGGUUGCAGUCUGUAUGGGUGAAAACGAGGGUUUUGGAACUGCAAGUUUUUUUCAGCCAAAUAUACUGGAUUAGGGUGGAAAAAAAUGAAUCUUCCAGCACUUCACUGGCAAUCUCUAGGAACUGGUGUACACACAUAUAUAUUUAAAUCUCUGCUAAUACAAAUCUUCUUUCUAGAAAGUUGCACCAAAGAGAGCUUCCGAUUGCACAGGAGUCAGGGCUGGGGUAACCUGAUGAUUGUUGCCUCCUAUUUCCUGUGGGUUUUGAGGGAAAAAGUGUAAAUCCCACUCCUUUUUAAUUGCUGGUGUUGUGAGGAAAAAUGAAGAGAAUAAAAAGGGGCCAAGAUGCAUUCACAUUUAGCUAGUUUCUGACUGGUCUCCAGUAUUCUGGAAACCAAAGCUGCCAUUUUACUGCUAUUUUUAACUGCCCCCUUUCCAGCUAUUUGCAUAAUCAUUUUCAUAGAUCUGCAUAUGUUGUAAAUAAAUUCUCACUCAUUUCAACUUAAAUAAUUUGACUCUCUUAAACACUAGUUCCUUCCAAGACUCUUCCCUGACUGCCUUUCACUCCCACCAGGCCCUCAGCCUCCCUCCCUGAGUUUCCAGGCAGCAGGGCACUGAGAGGCUGUCUUUGACUGCAUGCUCAGCAUGUCAGAUCCUUUUUUGCUGGUUUCCUAUCAUUUUGGAAGGUUUUCUGUAGCCAAGUCAAUGACCAUUGAAGUAACUUAAAUUCUUAUUCCAGAAA